UGAAGUUUUCCGAGAAAAAAAUAAAUAAAAGUUUCUUCGCUUUACGCAUUUUUAUCAAGUGUGGACUAAUUUUGCAAGUUUUUCAAUAUUUGUGGCAAGUAAUAAUAGAAAUGAAGACUUGUAUGACUCGAAAUGAUUGAUAUGUUUCAUUUUUGAAUACGGUGAAGUAAUUUCCUGUUGGGAUAACCAGUGGAUUUGACAAAAAUUAGUUAGACUUGGGUGCUUCAGCUGUUCUGCAAGUCACUCUUAUUGUAAGGUUUAAACCAUGGAUCAGAGCACCGUCGACGACGACGAAUUUUCGGACUGCUCCGGCGACUCGUCGUCUUCGCAAAUGUCAACAAGUUCCGACUCCAGUGCAUCGGUCAAAGAAUCCGCCCGGAAGCAGUUUGAGUCGACCAAGAUAACAACCGAAAUCAUCAAUCUCCCGAAGGAACUGUGCGAGGACAAAAAUGUAUUUAAUGAAUUUUUCUCAUUGGAAACGUGGCACAGCCUAUCGGAUCCGAUACGGAAGCACUUGGGAAUGUUUUUGCCUGCUUUCACGGACAAUGUUGAGUUCGAGAAAAGAAGCACUAUCGAAUCUUUGUUCAGUAAUCGUAUUACUCGAUUCGGAUCUUGCCCGUUGGAACGGCUCCAGAGAAUGCUAGAAGAUGGAAACUGUAGGCCAGAGAUAUCUACUCUAAACAAAAGCAUUGCUAAAGCGGAACGGCGAGAGCAACGCUUCCAGGAAUGCGAACGAUUGACGGAUCUGGCCCGAAAGGUGUCGAUAUCCCGGGAGAGAACCCUUCGGGCAGUAUGCCAUGGGGCACGUCUCAAAGGAUUGUCCGGCCGGCAGUGCGUUUACCCCUCGAAAUCGCCACUGUUCUCAUCGGCGAAUGCCCUUCGGGCGAAGAAAAGGUACCUGCAGGAAGUUAGCUCCAUUGCCGAACAAUUGAAUCUUCCCGACAUACUUUCGGACGACGAAAAGUGUCCUGACGGGACGAUGAACUAUAUACCACGGAAGCAGCGACGACUUUUCGGCACGGUACAGGGUGGUGCAGCAAGCCCUGGCGCCGACGUUCGAAUCGUUAAUACGUUGGGUUUCAAAGACGAACAAACGACCACCGGUUAUCUGGUUGGCCCGAACGGCAAAGUUUCCAUCUCUGACAAUCACUAUCGGGACCUUCUCGUUCAUCAUAAGCGUCGUAAAAUUACAGAACCGGAUCACCCGGAAUUGGAUUGUCAAGAAAUAAAACUAAAGGAUGUGGUGUCUAGAACACAGGCUUCGUCUGGUUAUCGACGUAUAAUGCCAUUGCCGAAAGUAAACGUAGCCGAAGAUAUCCCAAUGCCGGAAGAAAAGUUGAAGUCCCAGUUAAAUGUAUCAAUUCCAUCUGCGUAUCCUGAGAGUUGUUCUUCGAGUGAUAUAAAAACACCAAUAUUGACACCUUUACCGCAGGAUACGGUGAAAAGCGCAGAGCGGAUUCCAUUGGAUGUGGCCAAUUCUGACGAAUCGCUUUCGUUGAAUAAUACAGCUGACUCGUCUCGGGCUGCCAGCGAAACCGAAGUUUAUAUUAAAACUAUUCGACUUGAUUCAGAGAAAGAAAAUGACGAAAAUAGUAUGGACGCUGGGUUGACAGCAACCCAAGAAACCGAAGACAAUAACAUUGCAGUUCAGCCCGUAAUCGUCGCGGCUGAUGAUAUGGAUGGUAAUAAAGAAGUUUCUUUUGAAUCGUCGAAUACUUUCCAACCAAUCUCAGACACACCAGUGCAAGAGAAGAUUGAAUGUGUAGCAGACGAUCCAAUUGGGCGUUCAACUCCGCAUCCAGAGAAUAUAUCAAUAACGGAAGAGGAAAACAGCCAGACCACAUUGAUGAAGUCGUCACUGUCAAAACUGAAUGAGGAUGCAGUUGAUCACGCAGUCGAACAAACCAAUGCACUGCUACAGCCAGUACUGCCUAGCGUUGAGAAGACAUCCUACGAAAAAUCGAUGCCAGAACUAAUGCAGGGAACACAUAAGUGCUUCCUAUCUCUUGUGCGUGAUAUGUUUUGUUCUACACCGGAUCAUCGUUUGACCAUUGACGAACUGAAGCUUAAGCUCAAUGUGUGGCUUAAAACGCCUAUUGCUGCUUUGAAUGAUUGGUACCUGCAAGCAGACGACAAAUGGGAUGAUAUGCUCCAUUCUGCGAUUCUUUUUCUUUCCGGUGAAUUUUCUGACCAACCGGAUGACUUUGUUCCGUACAUCGAGCACAAAAUCCAGUUGAACAUAUAUCAAUGGAUUGGGGCUUCAAGGGAUUCAGACUAUCGAUUAGUUGAUCUUUGCCAGUAUUGGCUUCGGCGCCGCCAUGAGAUGGGUGUCAGAAUUCUUUCCAAGCCGAUGAAAACUACGAAUACUAAGCAGAAACAUGCCUCGCCAAACAGCAGCACUACAGUUGAGGACGACGAUGGUUCGUCUGAACGAACUAUUUCGCCUCCUCCGCCACGAUAUCCAACCGAUUGGUCCGUCCGGAAGGCAACCGAAGAAGAAGUGCAAUCAUUCCGUGAGCAAGAGAGACGUCGAUAUGAGAAUCCACACAUGGCGUUCACAUACAAACAGCAUUCUUACAACAGCGUAGUUGGACCGGUGAAAGGCAUCUAUACGCAAGUGCCUGGAAUAUCGAAAGCUCGCGGCCACAAUAUGCUGGUUGCGGAAAGGCCGAAUUUUGUUACCAUACUGACAUUAGUUCGCGAUGCCACCGCUAGAUUGCCCAACGGUGAAGGCACUCGGGCCGAUAUCUGCGAAUUGCUAAAAUCAUCUCAGUACAUUUCGCCAACCGCAACUGAUCAGGUUCUACAGACUAUUGUUAGUGGAGCAUUGGAUCGUAUGCAUACAGAACACGACCCGUGCGUAAAAUAUGACACUAAACGGAAGAUAUGGAUUUAUCUACACCGAAACAGGACAGAAGAGGAGUUUGAAAGGUUACAUCAUCAAUACCAAGGUGUUGCUAAGCAUAAAAAGCCAGUUUAUAGGAAGAGUAAGUCCAAAGAAUCUCUGGGAACAACGCCGAAGAAAGCCAUAUCCGAACCACUUAUCAAGAGUAACUCGCAAUCAUCUAUGGAAAAUGAUAGCGUCCAGAGUGAACCUACUCCAGAUGUAGGCAACAUUUCGACACCUUCAGAGUCUCCCGUUUCAUUGUCUACGACUUCGAUUCUCAUCAAACCAAACGUAACAACAGUCGUAGCAAAUGAUAAGGCUACUGCAGGCAGUUCUUUAUCAUCACUAAUCUCACCCCAAAAAGUAGGCAUCCCGACAAGCACUGUGGAACCAAAUCCACCAGUUGUCCCGCAACCUGAACCGACCGAAGAUUGUUUCAUUAAAAUCCAAGCAACGGGCAACAUUUCCCCCAAAAUAACCGUAUGUACAAGUGCGCCUGCGAUGUCACAAACCAAAGAAGCUGUUCCGAUUCGGGUAACCACGCCAUGCAAAAUCCAAGCAGUCCAUCUCACAAACACUCAGCCGCAAAUCAUUACCAGACCAGUCAAAUCCAUACUUUCCACGGAUAAACUCGACGCGCCGGUUGCCAAAUCCAUUCUAACCAAGAAAAUUAUCACCACGACGGCCGUUCCUAACAACAAACCCCUGAUAAUAAGCGCCGCCACCGCAGCACCUUCAACGUCUACCACCAUUUGCAACAUUCCCGGUACAAUUCCGGUUCAAGUAUCAAUGGCAGCCGGAGAUGGCGAUCGUGGUGGUGUUGCACAUAGUUUCAUUGUCCCGGUGUCCCUAGCCGCUGGAGUCGGAAGCGGUGGUACGGAAAGUGGCCCUACACCACGUGCCAGAUUGAUUCCGGCGACCGCCACCACCAGUCAAAUGGUCAGCAUUACAAAGCCACCGAACCGAGUACAAAAUGUUUCGCCCAGCGCAACACCUGCUACUGUCGCAACUGUGAAAGCAGCCACUUCAUUGCUCCAGCCCAAGAAUCCUAUGUCGCUGCUGACGCAGAUUCCGCCCAAUGCAACUACAAAGACGGUUGUUCAGCAAUCCGAGCCGUUUGUCAUAACUGCAAAUAGACCACAGAAAGUGACAUGUGUCAGCGCUAGUGGCAGUAAUGUUCUGCCAAAUCCAUCGUCAUUGUUAAUUAAAACAGACAGCGGGAUACCAACAUCAGGGGUGGAAAUUAUCAACACAAUUACCAUGCCGAAAGGACAGCAAUCGGUUUUGACUCCAGCACAGCAGAAGCAGAUUUUGCAAAAUCUACUAGCCCAGCAGAACAAGCAGGUUUUCACUUCUAAAUCAGUUAUUCUGGGGCAGUCCGUCAGCUCAGUUGCAAGUCCCGCCAAUGUAACAACUAGCGCACAGAGUAUACAACAAAUAAAAGGUGCACGACAAUUACAGAAGAUUCCUGCUCUUACUCUUUCAUCCUCUAGUACCAGGGUCACCCCAACGGUGUUUCAAACAAUUGGAUCAAGUGUUGGCAAUCCUCAUGUAAUACAGAUCAAAUCUGCUGGCAAUGUUAUCAGCAGUACUGGAGGUGCUAAAAUACGACCAAUUGUUGCUACAGUAAAAGAACAAGCCCAGAUCAAGCAGUUGCAGCAACAAUCUCUGAUAGCAAAAUCGAUAAACUUGCCCCUGAAACAUGAUGGUCAGGAAAUAAAUGUUGUUAAACAAUCGCCAAAUAUGAAUGUAUUAGCAGAUGUGUCCAAGGCUUCUCCUAGCUUGCUACAAACUGGUGUUCCUGGAUCGGCGGUCACACAAAUCAUUAAGUCGUCCACACCGAUUGUUCAUGCUUCUCCAAAUGUUAUACGAACGGUUAACGUUAGCCCAGGAACGCCACAUGUUAUGGCUAAAGUGGUGAAAAACGUUGGGGAUAAUCAAAUAUUGUCACUGGACAGCAUACUGCCUAGACAACAGCAGAUAACAGAUGCAGCAAUACGGUUGGCGGAUCCCAAAACAAUGAAAACUCAGUUAAUUCACUUAUCCAGUACUGGACCCUCUGGCUCGCCCAUCGCGCAGUAUGCAGUACUUCCUCAAAACAGAAAUAUAAUUUCGGUUGCGCAAUCAUCGGGGCCUUGUACUACUCCAACAAUCAUAACAACUACUGCAAAUAGAAUCGUGGACCCCAAAACAACCCAUAUGCUUGCUACCAGUCAUAGCGCGGUAACAAGUGUUAGCCAUACGCCUGUAACAUCCGUUGCCCUCCGAAACGGGCCGGAAGCUGGUAACCAUUUGAUGCAACCUGUUCAAGCCACGCAAGCGCAACUGCAGCAACAAAACGUUCCACAAGUGGUCACGAAAAUAACUGGUGCGCCAAAGAUGCUGUCAGCAAAAGUCCGGAAUGGAACUAGCUUCAUCAAUUCGUCGUCUAUCAAUUUUGCGACUAUUGGAGGAAAUCCGCUCAUAAUAGCUAGCAAGCCAGCAAUUAGGUCUGAAACUAUCCAGCAUAAUGGAGCGAACACUGUGUUCGCAAACGUACAAACGACUCCUGUUUCAUCUGAACCUGCCAAUAUCGUCUACGGAAGACAGGCCGUCAAGGUGCAAGGCAAUAUUGUAUCUCAGGGACACGUGAACAUAGUUAAUGCUCAACAAGGGAGCAAUACAUCCACACAGAAACUUUUGCUGAGCAAUCAACUUGUAAAAGUAAGAACUGUACCUCGUCAACCACACCAAAUGCAGAUAUCGUUUGCCCAGCAACCUGGAGUCAGUACCGGAUUGGGUACGAAUACCGGUAUUAGUGUGGUGAAAGCUCCAACCAUGGCCACGGAACAACCAGAAAAGCCCACAAUUAGUUCCGUUUUACAAAAACCAACCGUGGUGGCGACACCCAUGAAGGCAACACAAAAGGUCGGAAUUCGGUUGAACCAACCAACUCAACGAGUAGUACUUGCAACACAAGGAGGCCAAUUAGUAACACAGCAAAUAAUCGUCCCACAAGGAUUCCAAGGGGGUGCUUUCAAUAUAAAACGAUUGAAAGUAAUACCAGUUAAUAAUCAACAAAAAGCAGGAUCAAUACUUAGGCCACAAGUUAUUGCAACGCAAAAUAAACCUGCGGUUUCUACAAUAAGCACCGCAACGACAUUAGGUGUUAGUGAUAAUGCUAUUGAUGGUAACAGCAAGUUAUAUCAUGUUUACAAUGCUGGUGUAAGUAGUAGCAGUAACCCCAGUGAUCCCAAUGUAGAGAUAAAUUUAGACCCAAACCCAAAAUAAUCUAGUUUGUAAGUAUACAUAAACCCAUCAUGAUUGUCAAAGUGUAUAUUGUAUAUUAUUUAUUGAUAUUUGUAUAGAUUUGCUUGUCAAAGUUUUAUAUUGUUCGAAUAAAGUCAUUUGAAACUACAAA